GCACCUUGGUCUUGUCCUUGGCCGGAUGUGUCUGGCCUCCCGCGGCGACUUCUUUGGCCUCGGCGGCGCCCGAAGCAAUCGAGGUCGGGUCAGGCACAUUGUUACCAGGAGGAGAAUCGUCAUCACCAUCCGGAUCCGCCUGCGGGUGCUUGCCGGUGGCGCUGGUAAUGGCGACACUGGCAAACGUGUUGAAAAAGUUGGAAGCCUCCUUCUCAACGGCCUCGCCCUUAUGGUUCUCUGGAGCACCGGUGGCGCUAUCAUGGCUCGCCAGGACGCCCGACUUGGGCUUCUGCACGCCGCCAGUCUUGGAGUCUACCAGUGCCAAAGGUGCGGGAGGGAAGAGUGUCUCUCUCGCAGGCGGGUAGACGAUCAGAGUGAUUGUCGUCGUCAACAACAGGGGAGUAAUCAGGUCAAAGAUCCAAGCGACAAAGUAGGUAGCACAAAAGGCCGCGGUACGUCGCGACUCACGCCACGACCGAAGACGGACAAUGUGCUUGACCGCGCCAAGGACACCAAUGAUGACGGUCAUGUAGAGACGCUCGACAUUGGCUCUAAGCUUGUCUGGGCUGAACUCCUCUUCAUCGGCGAUGUUGAGAUCGAGGUUGCCUGGGACGGAGGCGGGAGUCUCUUUGACGUGGUAUAUUUGCUUGUUGAAGCGACGGGUGAGCAUCCAGAGCUCCUCAUUGUCGAUGCCGCCCACGAGGGGCUGCGGGAUCUCCUCUUUCGGCUCGUUCCAGCCGAGGUUGGCGACCUCGUCGUCGUGAGGGACCUGGGCAUGGCCCACUUCCUCGUGGUCGUCCAUGACGAGGGCGUGCGAGAGCGUGGGCUUCUCGGCGAGGUGGGUGGCCUUUUCGUGUUUCAAGGGGUCUGUGACGGGCUGGGUUGUGCUGGGGAGAGGCAGGGCUUCGGUGAUGGUGUCGACAAGGGAUGAGACGGUGUUUGUGUUUUCCGUCUGUGCUGCGCCCGAUGGUGGACCUGUAGGGUCGCUGUCUGGAUGCGAGGAGGACAUGUUGAAGAAGAGGCUGUGCGUUCGAUAUCGACGCACGAGGCUCUGAUAUAGGUCGAGGUCGGCAGGGAAGCAGUGGAUGAGAUCUGGAUCUGGAUCUGCAAGCUUGAUGAGGAGACUGCAGGGUUUAUGGCUCCACGAUGACCAGGGAGCAGAAGGGACGGGGAAGAAACUUGGCAGAGCCGACAGAGCGGGACAGAUCAACACGGACGAUGCAAGUGAGGCAUUGGGCGUACUGAAAGCGAGCAAGACCUUGCUUUUGCACCACUGCGCCGGAGGCCAUGCUGGGCAGGUGUUGAGACAGAUGACGUAGGGUGUGUUUGCGUUUGCGGA